UGGGCCUCGUAGAACGGCCUUGAAGGUCUUAGACUGUGGAUUUUAUUGGCCCACUAUCUUCAAGGAUGCAAACUUGUUUUGUAUUUCUUGUGAUAGAUGCCAACGGACUGGUAAUCUUGGCCCAAAAGAUCAAAUGCCCAUGAGCCCAAUAAUAACUGUAGAAAUUUUCGAUGUUUGGGGCAUUGACUUUAUGGGCCCAUUUCCUUCGUCUAAUGGCUGUUUAUAUAUACUAUUGGCUGUGGACUAUGUAUCAAAGUGGGUGGAAGCAAAAGCCACCAGGACUAACGAUUCAAAAGUGGUUGCAGGUUUCUUGAAAACUAACAUAUUUUCCAGGUUUGGUGUGCCACGUGUGCUGAUCAGUGAUGGAGGUUCUCAUUUUUGCAACCGGACAAUCGAGGCUUUGCUGAAGAAGUAUGGGGUAACCCAUAAGGUGUCCACGCCCUACCACCCUCAGACCAGUGGCCAAGCAGAGGUGUCCAACAGGGAGAUCAAGAGGAUACUCGAAAAGACAGUGGGCCCAACAAGGAAGGAUUGGAGCCAGAGAUUAGAUGAUGCAUUGUGGGCCUACAGAACAGCCUACAAGACGCCUAUUGGGAUGUCUCCCUUUAGGUUGGCCUACGGAAAGGCAUGCCACCUUCCAGUGGAGCUAGAGCACAAGGCUUGGUGGGCUGUCCAAAAGUUCAACAUGGAUUAUGAUGAAGCGGGCCUACAUAGGAAGCUACAGCUAAAUGAGCUUGAGGAGAUAAGGAAUGAGGCCUACGAUGCUUCAUGGAUCUACAAGGAGAAGACAAAGGCCUACCAUGACAAAAUGAUCCGCGGAAAAAGCUUCCAAGUGGGCCAGAAAGUUCUGUUAUUCCAUUCCAGACUUAAGCUAUUCCCUGGUAAACUUCGUUCUCGUUGGGUUGGCCCAUUUAUAGUUACAAAUGUGUUUGCUCAUGGUGCUGUAGAGAUCAAG